AUGCCGACUUAUUUGUUUGCCUUUGCUGUUGGAAACUUUGAAAACGCUACGGCGACAAGUGCUAGCGGGGUUAAUGUAAGUAAACAGUUUUUAAACCUUUGGACAAAAGUAAAACACUUAUAUAUUUACAAAAUUUAAGAUACGAACACUGUCAGUCAAGAACUUUGAAGGAUAUCUUCAAGAGAAAGCAGACUUAGCGGCCAACUUUGUGGAUAUUAUGGAAAACUUGACCAAAGUUCAAUAUCCUCUACCCAAAUUAGGUAAAACUUAACUGUUAGGCUUACAUUUAAAGGUUAAAAUUUACAUUAAAUAUGGCAGAGGGCCCAUGGUUUUUUUUGCCAAUUUCAGAUCACUUGGAGACGAUCCUGAUGGGCGCUCAAGGAAUGGAAAACUUUGGACUGAUUAUUUAUGAGAAUGCUGCCAAGACUCUAAUAGACUGUGAUUUAUUUCAACUUUACGACAAAGCGAGAGUAAUUGCCCAUGAAACGUCUCAUCAAUGGUAACAUUAUUUUGUAAUUAUCAAUAUUUGUUUGUUGUUCAUUCUAGGUUUGGCGACAUAGUCACAGCAAAACGAUGGGGCUUAGAAUACCUUCACGAAUCCUUCGCCAACUUUUUCGAACUCGAAAUUCGUCGUUACGUACCCGAGUUUGAGAAGCUAUACGUAAGCUACUAAAAGAAUAGUGAAAAACUUUAUCGGUUUUCAUAAGUACUGAGCUCUCUCUAAAGUCAAGUCUUUUCUGUUUCUUACAAACCAAGUUUCAGGAACCCGUGCGUGUUGGUGAGCACCACACGGUGAUGCAAAACUUCGACAGUCCAGCCGAGCACCCAAUUGAGGACACUCACAGUGAUUUUGAUUGUAAGUUCUUCAAUCAGGUCCAAACAAUUUUUAAAAUUAAAUUCAGCUCUUCUCAAAACUUUUUUAUAGUUAAGAUCAGUGUUAGCAUCGACUCCAGAGCUGGAGUUAAAAUCACUGCUGGAAUAUGAAAAUGAGCCAAAGCCGAAGCUAGAAAUUAAAAAUGCAAACACUGGUUGAAAACCCAUAAAAAGCUUAUCAUUGGUAUUAAAAAAACUUUAUCAUGAAAAUUCAAAACAAAUCGCUUUCACGUAUUUUAGUUAUAACAUAUCAUGUCGGCGGAGCCUUUCUCCAUACAGUAAAGCAAUUACUAGGAGAAGAAACCUUUUACAAAGCAUUGAAUAUCUACCUCAACCAACUGUACUUGGGGAAUGCUGAUACCUACGAUCUAGCCCAAGCUUUCGAAGAAGCCGGCGCUGCACCAUUCAAAAAUAUAAGUUUUGCAGACCGUUAUCUGGUGCCCUUCAUUCAAAAACUAGGAAUUCCGCAAAUCAGCGUGCUCCUUCAACCAAAUGGUGCAUUUGCCCUCUACCAGGACAAACCAAAACAAAAGAAAACUCCAUGGUUAGUGCCAUUAUACCUUUUAAACCUAGAUACUUUGGAAGAAUCGCGAAUCGAUCUUCCAGACAGCAAUCCGGGUAAAGUAUACAACUUGCCCGAUAAUUGCACUUAUCUUUUGAAUCCUGAUCAACAAACCUUGGUGGGAAUGAAUAUAAUGGAUUCUGAGAUAAUAGAAAGAGUCGCGACUCACAAAAAUAUACCAAAACUAUCAGUUAGUCGAUAACUCACUGUGUUCUUCGAGUAUGUUAACGAGACCACUUUCCCUGAGUUCAUUACCAACAUUAUACGCCACAAUAACGGAGUUUUGCCUACAGAGUUUGCAGCUGUUAUAGUAUGUGAUGAUUUCAAAGCUUAUAAUUUUCAAAAAAAUUUUUUUUUCAAAAUGCUUUUUUGUUUAAUAACACGCAUAUGUAUAACAUGUAUAUAUUGUAUAGUUAACUAUUGUUUAUAUCUUCGUUUAGGAGAGCCCUUACUUCCCAUACCAAGAAAUCAGUGACAAGUUUGUAGCAGACGAUUCAAUUGAUAACCGGUAGUUUCUUUCACUUUUUCAAAUAUCAAGACACAGUACUAACACUAUAAGAAACCUCGAAGAUCUCAACAUUUUGUGUACAAUACAGGAGCGUUUAUGCUUUCACAGAGUGAUUUUUAGAGCAAUUGGACUUGGCGAGUUCAAUGUUUUGUUUAAUGAAAAGAGAGUUGCUAUAUAGACAGCUUACUAUUACUAUAAUAUAAAGAGAAACCACUGUAUUGCCAAUAAUACCUUGCAAAGUAUAAUAUAAUACUUUUAGAAUAAUCGGAAAAUUCCUUUUAUGGUCCGGUACUCAAGCCAACGAUCCAGGCACUGUGAACAUAACACAAGGCCUUUACGAUCAAUUUGUCAAAGAUUGUGCUCCGAAGAAAGAUGUUGUUCGUUGCACAAAGUAAGUUAUAUUACACACAUGCAAGUACAGCAACGCCUCUUUAAUAUGACCCUCGAUAGCAAGGCACCCUCACUAUAAUAUUAGGUCUACAAAUAUAAAACUUUCAUUUUUUUUAAAUUAUGUAACGCAAGAUAAAUAAAUUUAAGGAUCCCGCCCGAAUACCGCACAGGAUUGUUCUUACAAGGAAACAAAACUGAAGACGGACACAAAUUCUUGGUCGAUUACAAAGAAAGAAUCAAAACACACAAGUUACGCCCAUUUAUGCUAUAUGAAGAAUUGAGAUUGUACGAAGUCGUUGGCAACUAA